AUGGGUGCCUCAUCGGACUUUGUACCCGCAAAGAACGGUACCGCUGCCGCCAAGCCUAAGGCUGGUGUACGUCCUCUCGACAAGGCCAUUAUCACUUAUUACCCGAAUUUCGCGGGUAACACAAUAUAUGGCGUCUGCUUUAUCAUUUUGCUUUUCAUGCAGCUUUUUUUUGGUAUCCAUAAGAAGACAUGGACGUACAUGAGUGCAGUAUGCUUGGGAAUCUUCGGCGAGAUCGUCGGGUACGGUGGGCGUUUGAUGCUGAACAACAACCCUUUUGACAUGAACAACUUUCUUGUGUACUUGGUACCUCUCACGGUCGCACCCGCCCUGCUGACGGGUGGCAUCUACCUUUGCCUGAGUCGUGUUAUAGUAGCCGUAGGCGCCGACUACUCCCGCAUAAAGCCCAAAAUGUACACCUACAUCUUCGUCGGCUGCGAUCUGCUCUCACUGGUUCUACAAUCCAUCGGCGGUGCCAUAGCCUCUAUGGCUAGAAACACCAGCAGCAGAGACCUCGGUGUCCACAUUAUGAUCGCAGGCCUGAUUUCCCAGAUUAUCUCUAUGAUCAUCUUCUUCGCCCUUUGGGGCGACUUUGCGUUCCGCGUGCGCAAGGCUAAAAGCGCUGGAAACCUCACCGGGCAGGCCCCAUUAUACGAAAGCCUACGCGCGGACCCCAGCUUCCGCUGGUUCCAGUGGAGUCUUUUUGUCGCGACCUUGCUCAUCUUCAUCCGAAGUGUGUACCGUGUUGCGGAGCUUUGGGGCGGAUUCCAGAGUCACCUUGCCAACGAUGAGGUCACGUUCAUGAUCUUCGAGGGACCGAUGAUCAUUGUCGCUGUUAUGAUGAUGACAGCGUUUCAUCCUGGGCGGAUUUUCGACGACUUGUGGAUCCCUGCGGGCAAGGGAUAUCGCUUUUUCAAGCAUGGAGAUACUGGGUCUACUGACAAAAUUGAAUUGAUUGAAAGGAACUACUAG